UUUCCUGAAAAUGGAUGUGGUGUGUUGUAUGAGAUCCCUCAUCAAAUUACAAGGUCAUCUUCAGAGGGCCAUGGCAAUGCAGGAGGAGAUCCAGAGGGACUUGCUGGCCACAGUAUUACGCCCUGAAGAACAGAGCAGGUUUACCAGCACCCCACCAAAGGACUAUGGUGAAGACGGUGGAGAUAUUGAAGCAUGCCUUGCUGCAUUUGAGGAAGCUGCCUCUGUCCACAAAAUUCCUCAGGGGGAAUGGACACAAGGGAUCAUUGACCUUGUGGGUGUGAAGAAUCUUGACCUUGACCUUGACCCCUCAGGCCAGCAUACAUAUGAGGCUGUUAAGGAACGUUUGCGCAGUCAAGCAAGAAUGGCCGAAGACCACUGGGAAGUUAGCUUCACAUUGGCCACGUUUGACUCGGCAAAGGGGCCCAGGGCGUUGGGUCAAGGGCUGGACGAAGCGGCCAGAUGCUGGCUAAAGCCGGCGAGAAGAAGUGCGGAGGACGUGGUGCGACGUGUGGCGCUGCGUCGGUUUAUAACCCUCCUGCCCAGUGCUGCGCGUGAUUGGGUGACGUCGCGUCAACCUGAAGACAUGGAGCAGGCGAUUGGUCUCGCUGAGCAGUUCCUUGGAACCACGAGCGAGGAGAAGCAUAGAGAAAUGGAAGUCACCCAGGAACAAAACACAGAACACACAAUGGAAGCUACCCAGGCACAAAACACAAAACAUAAAUCGGUAUCCAAUCAUGCAUCAGAGAUUAGAACAAGACUACCUAAAAGUAUUUCAUUGAAGGAAAAGGAGAGGCAUGUGCCAUGCAUGAAGACAAAAGAGGAAGAAACAUCGGUCACCCUCAAUUUGAAGGUAGAGGGUCUUGGAUUGAAGGGGGUGGCACUGGCAGGAAAUGAGCCAGAGCCAUUGGCCACUGCAGUCAAGCAGGAGCCAAUGGAGGAUCACUGCUGUGCUGAUGGAGUGGUGUCAGAGUCUGCCUUCAACCAGGGACUCGCUGGAGAAUCAAGCGCUCCUGAUCAACCAACAGCAGCUCGGUCAUCGACCACAGCUUCUAGAAGGUCUGCAGGCAAAAGACCCUCCAUCAUAGUGAAGAACAUCUUGCCUGUGUGUGCAGAUAUAACAACUGCAUCCAUGACAGGCCCCUCACGAUCGGACUACAGUGGACACCUUGGAAACACAAGGGAAGAGAAGCACGGAGAAACGCACAAGGAAGUUACCAGCGAGCAAUACACAGGAGAGACAUUAAAAACAUGUGAUGCGUCAGAGAUUAGAAUAAGCCAACCUAUUUCUUUGAAGCAAAAGGAAGACCAAUACAUGCCAUGCAUGAAGGCACCAGAUAAACCAACAUCUUCAAAGUCCUGCCAGUCUGUCAGCUUCGACAUAAAAGGAGAGCAACAGGGGGAGAUGUGCCUAGAGGAGAAAGGGGAGGCAGGGAACAAAUCCCAGCGAUUAGCCACUGUCCUACAGAAGGCAAUGGAGCCAAUGGAGGAUGAUUACUGUGGUGAUACACCUGUGUUUGUGUACCCUUCCAUCCAUGAUAUUGUCUUACCCCCUUCUGGCAUGCCAUCAUCAGCCGCCACAGCAUCUAGAAGGUCAUCACCCAAGAGUACAGAGACCAACGGAACGGAGAACGACCUCUCUGCGCAUAUGAACGAAUCGGCACCUAUAGAAGGACACGUGUGUUCCGACUGCGGAGACAGUUUCGCCGAACUGUCACUAUUGGACGGUCACAGGAGCACGUGCAAUCCGCCGCUGUUCACCUGCCACGACUGCGAGGCGACCUUCACCUCCAAGAUCCGACUGUCUAGUCACCGACGCAUCCACAGCAAGCUCCACAGCUGCCCGCACUGCGCCAAGCGCUUCCGGGACAAGCACGGCCUGUGCAUUCACCUGCGCACACACGGCCACUGCUGCCGCCACUGCGAGAGGCUGUUCCCUGACGCCUACGCCCUGCGUGCCCACGUGGCCAACGUGCACGCGCGCAGUGGUGGAGAGCGCCCGCAUUGGUGCCCGGACUGCGGGGCCUCGUUCGCGGAUCAGCGCGGGCUCCUGGAGCAUGGCAGCGUCCACACGGUCCAGAGGCCGACGAUGGUUUGCCCUGAGCCAGGAUGUGGCAAGACCUUUACCAGCCGCAGUGGCCUGAGGAAGCACUGCAAGGUCCGCCACUCGGACCUCAGGCCACACCUCUGCACCGUGUGCAGGAAGACGUUCAAGUUUAAGCACAGCCUGACGGUGCACCAACUGGUCCAUACCUCUGGGCUGUGUGCAGGAAGACGUUCAAGUGUAAACACAGCCUGACGGUACAC